AUGCUUUCGCGGUCACCACAUUUUUUUCGUUUUCGACCACCACUACUGUCGCUAUUCCUUCGAUACAGUUCCACUCAAGGACACAACGAUGCUAUCAUCAAAAUGCUCAUUGAGAACAGAGAAAAAGAACGAAAGAACCCUGCAAGCGACGACCAGAAACUGCGCGCUUUUGACAAGGCCAUCGCCGUGCUGAAAUCAAUAGACUUCCCCAUAAGAUCGGAAUCAGAUGCUCUCAAGUUGAUGCGCAUGCGUGAUGACAAUGCGCAGGGAGAGGAGCCCAUGGAUGUAAAGAUUUCAACCAAGGCCAGCCACGCAGUCCUAAUCCUACUCGUUAUUUUGACUUGUCUCCAGGAAGAGGACAAACUUCAGCCCGCACAAGUCGAUUCCGCACGGAUUAACGAAGUUCGUGAAGGUACUAAGAGGGUUGUGUUGAACGAACUUCAACAAGUUCCUGGUCUGGGUCCGUAUACGGCCAGAAAAUUAUAUGAGGCAGGUUGUACCUCCGCCAGCGACCUCCACCGUCCGAAAUUUCAAGGGAUUCUCACUGCACGCCAGAAGGUUCUAGUCGCAUAUUACAACCACCUCCGCCAGCCUGUCCAUCGCACAGAGAUAGAAUCUAUCAAUGACUUCAUCCGAACACAGUUACCCUCCGAUUUUCAAACAGAGCUCGCCGGGAGCUACCGUCGUGACUUUCCCUUCUCUUCCGAAAUUGACCUCAUCCUCCUCCAUCCAAGUUUCAACAUUGCACCUGUUCCUCCCCCUCCCGAAACAACACUAAAGUUUCCACGGAAAGGACGAGCGGAGAAGGUGUACGGGAAGUGCGCCCAAAAACAGUUCGGAUCCAAAUCUCCCCUCCUUAAUACUGUCAUCCCCACGUUGAAAGUCCAAGGAUUGAUAGUACAAGAGGUCAAAAUGAGUGGUGGGGACAAUUGGGAUGGGAUAGUCAGAGUUCCUGAGUUCACUGCGGAUGGGCAACCAGAGUCUCUCGAAUCAAGACUCAGCGCUAUAAAAUGGAAGGAGGGUAAAUACAGGCGUUUGACUAUCAAUCUUGUCCCGUGGGAAUGUCGGGGGCCAGCUCUGCUCACGUUAACGGGCGACAUGGAGUUCGUGCGUCAAGUGCAUACUAGAGCUGACACGUUAGGACUGUUCCUCGACGGGAACGGGCUAUGGCGAUGGCACGAAAAUGAAAACUUCGAUGGUGUUGCACCUGUUAAGCGUGGUAGGGGACGUCCUCCAAAGGAUGCAAAGAUUAAUGAAGAAACGCGGGGUAAAUGGGAGCUCAUCUCCCGUGGUUCAGAGACGGAAAUCCUCUCAGAACUGGGGAUGGCUUAUGUGGAGCCGUCUAAACGGAAUUAUUCCUAUCUGCUCAGCAAGGUUACCAACGGUAGGUUACCGAAGUUAUACGGAAGUGUUGUCCGUAAAAAGCAGAUGGAGGACCGGCGAAGCUCUGGCUCCUCCCUGUGAGCAGUCGCAUUGUAUCUUGAUACCGUCUCUGAGGGGUGUAUAGUAGAACGUACUCAAUAAUAUCAAACAAUUGUGUUAGACUUCUAAG